CGGACAAGGCUUCUAUAGCACAAUAUAAAAUUACGCGUAAUGCUGAUGAUGCGAAUAAGAUAAAUAAGGAGGAGAGUUAAUCUCUCCAAUUUCUACAGUUUCCCAUGCGUCUCUCACAAGCUCCUAUUAUUCCCAAAGUUAUCACUAUGGCGUCCUACCUAAAUGCAACAGCGCCUUUGUGUGCACCAUCAACCUUCACAUUCCCGGAUCUCUUUGGUGCUCAGAUCCUUUCAAUCAAUGCCAAUUUAGUCACCAACUUCAGCACAUCUGUCAAAGAUAUCUACUUUGCUAACCACCCUUCUAUCACCGUCGAAAAUGCUACUUUCUGUAACGUCACCGUCUCAUAUACGCAUCCAGGCCAAGGGGACCACAUAAACGUUGGGGCAUAUCUGCCCGUUGGGACCUGGAACGAGCGCAUGCAGGCUGUUGGAGGUGGAGGAUGGGUUGCGGGAGGACAUAACUUCUUCCUGUCCACGACAGCUAUGGCCGGCGCCAUGGCAUCGGGAUAUGCGACUAUCACAACGGAUGCUGGCCUUGGGGCCGCCAAUGACGCCAGCCCCUGGGCGCUUCUGAGCCCUGGCAACGUCAACCUCUACAAUCUCCAGAAUUUGGCAUCCGUUUCACUUAAUGACGAGGCUAUUAUCGGCAAGAGUCUCAUCAACGACUUUUAUGGCAAGCCACCGAAGUACUCCUACUGGAGUGGAUGUUCUCAGGGAGGUCGCCAGGGGCUUAUGCUAGCACAACGGUAUCCCGGGGUCUACGAUGGCAUUGCCGCUGCUGCUCCCGCAAUCAACUGGAACUCCCUCUUCCUUACUAUGCUCUGGUCCCAGCUCGUUAUGAACCUAGCUGGGGAAUACCCACAGGGAUGCGAGUUGGAUGAACUCUCGGCGGCCGCGAUCUCUGCAUGCGAUGGACUGGAUGGUGUUGUCGAUGGUCUCGUAUCAAACAUCAAAGCGUGUGAUUUUGACCCUUUUACCCUCAUAGGCACCGAAUUUAACUGCUCCACCACGGGAAAGAAUAUCAAAAUCAGCAAGAUCGCGGCAGAGGUGGCAAAUGCUACGUGGACAGGUCCGCGGGGUGCUGACGGUCGUUUCCUGUGGUACGGCCCCAACAUCGGCGCUGAUCUCUCUGGCACCCUCACCACCCAGGCUCUUGCUAUGACGACCUGCAACGCCAAUGGAACCUGCGUGGGCGCUCCCAGUCCUCUCGGUGCCCAGUGGGUCGCGCUCUUCAUCAAGAAAAAUCCUGAUUUCAAUCUUACAAAUAUGACACACGAGCAGUUUGACGAGCUUUUGCAUGCUGGAUCGCAGCAAUACCACAGUAUGAUUGACACAAGCGAUGCCGAUCUUUCUGGGUUCAAAGCCGCAGGAGGGAAAAUGUUGACUUUCCACGGUUUAAGCGACCAGAUAAUUCCCGCAAGUGGUACGGAACAUUACUACAACGAGGUCACAAAACUGGAUUCCAAUGUCCAUGACUUCUAUCGCUACUUUGAGGUUCCAGGCUUACAGCACUGCGCACUGGGGAAUGGGGGCCAGCCUACUGCUGUUUUUGACGCCUUAGUUGCCUGGGUGGAGGAUGGCAUCGCCCCGGAUACGUUACCAGUGAGCCCGACAGGCCUCGACGGCACUACUAUUGAGAGGAUCCUAUGCCCGUAUCCUUCGGUGGUCACGUAUGAUGGAGUUAGCGACCCAGCAACUGCGGAUGGUUUUAGCUGCGUUUAACUUGAAUGCGGAAAAGAGUUGCUGUAACAUGUGGUAGUAUAGGGCAGAACAUUUUGGCUAGGUGGAUUGCUGUAAGACGGGAUUUUGAUAUUGAAUAGUUUACUUAU